AUGCCUGACGAAUCUUUAGCUGGAGAGGCUAUAUCCGCUAGGAGCUUCACAAUAGGCUGGGUCUGCGCAUUGCAGGAGGAAUACGAUGCGGCUUGUCGGAUGCUAGAUGACGAGAUUGAAGAUCUGGAGGACGAUGAGACUGAUUUAAAUGACGACAAUGCUUAUGUUUUCGGCACGAUCGGUGGACAUCACGUCGUUAUCGGGUGCCUGCCAGAGGGAAGGGGUGCUCCAACGUCACAAAAAGACAUUCGUCUUGGAGAUGUAGUCGUCGCGGUCCCAUAUAAAACUAAUGGGGGAGUGGUGCAAUAUGAUUUCGGAAAACGCCUACCUGAUGGGUGUUUUGUACGGACAGGCUACCUCAACGCCACACCAGAUGCACUUCUAAGCGUAUUGCCGCAGAUUCGACGGUUGUAUAAUGAUCCUACAAAGCCCGAUCGUAUUGCAGGACACAUGAAGCGCAUGGAUCCUUUCCCGCAUUAUCAACGUCCCCCUGUCGACAACCUCUUUCGUUCAGACUACCCACACACAGGAAAUUCAUGCAACGGGUGUUUAUCACGAAUGACAAUUCAGCGACCAGUUCGUCAGACUUCUCGCCAGCUCAUGGUCCAUUUUGGAACUGUGGCCUCGGGAAAUUCUGUGAUCAAGGACGCUGAGAUCAGGGAUCGCUAUGCCAAUGACCCGGAGCUCAAUGUCUUAUGCUUUGAAAUGGAAGCGGCUGGACUAAUGAAUGACUUCCCUUGUCUGGUCAUCAGGGGAAUCUGCGACUAUGCAGAUACUCAUAAGAACGACGAAUGGCAUAAUUAUGCUGCGCUGGCUGCUGCUUCCUACGCAAGAGAAGUUUUACUUUCGUUGAAGCCUCGCAAGGUAGAUUCAAUGCCCUACCUAUCAGAGCGAAUGAAGAAGAUCUCGCAUAGUCUGACAGAGGUUCAAAACGCUACCGGAAUUACCCAGACUGUGGUCGAAAAUCUCCACCGUGAGUUCCUAUCUAGCAAGCUGCACACAUGGCUGAGGGCUCCCGACAUCUCGGUCAACUUCGUAAGAGGACAGGGUCUGCGCUAUAAAGAUACAGGAUUGUGGUUCCUUACAGGCCGUAAAUUCCAGGCGUGGAAGUCGGGCCAGCGUCAGAAUUUAUGGCUAUAUGGAGUCCCUGGGUGCGGAAAAAGUGUCCUCUGUUCCACAGCUAUAGAGCAUCUCAACGAUAAAGAAGGGAAUGGUUCCAGUGGAAUAGUUUUGGCAUUCUUUUUUGACUUCACAGACUCAUCCAAAAGCUCUCUUGAUCAAUUGCUCCGUUCACUGCUUGAACAAUUAUACAUCAGAUCUCCAACCUCGCGACCAGUGCUGGAGCUCUUGCAUCGUGAAUCAGUGGAAACCAUGCGUCACCCGACGACUAAAUCGUUAUCUUCGACAUUGUUUGCCAUGAGCCGAAAGUCAACUGAAUCGAUCCAAAUUGUCAUAGAUGCAUUGGACGAGUGCAAAACAAGGACUGAACUGCUUGUCUGGAUUCAAGAGCUGAUUAAAGCUCAAGAAACCGACAACAUUCAGCUCUUGGUCAGCAGUCGGAAAGAAGAAGACAUUGAGAGAGCGCUUUCUUCCUGUCUAACGCAAGACGACGGCAUCUCAAUUCAAGGGCAGGCUGUGGACGCAGAUAUCAAGACAUACGUACAUGGCAUGAUUCGUUCAGAAAAUGGCUUUCGAAGGUGGUCUGCAAGACCGGAUGUACUCAAUGAAAUUGAAACAGAGCUUAUGAAAAAGGCCGACGGAAUGUUUCGAUGGGUGGCAUGUCAACUUGAUGUGCUCGAAAAAUGUUAUCAUAUCAGGGCAUUGCGAAAAGCACUUGUGUCGCUUCCAGAAUCUUUAGAUGAAACGUAUGCCCGAAUAUUGAGAAACAUCAGACAUGAGAAUAGAGAUGACGCUAUCAGAUUACUCCAGUUCAUGUGUUUUUCUGAAGGACCCUUAACCGUCAAAGAAGCUGUCGAUGCACUUGCCGUCAAUCUGGCUGAUGGAGCUUAUUUCGACACCAGUGAAAGGAUGCCUGUUCCACGAGAGAUCACUGGGAUAGCCUCCUCGCUGAUCUCAACAACUCCAGAUCAUAAAAUUCAACUGGCCCACUUCUCUGUCAAAGAGUAUCUGAUCUCCGAGCGCGUGGAGUCGAGUUUCAGUGCGCAUUUGAUCGAAAUCGAGGCCCGCGCCUCUAUUACAAGAGUCUGUCUCGUGUACAUGAAUCAUCUUGAGAAAUCACGCACCGCCGAAGAGAUUAUUGCCCUCUUCCCCCUAGCCGCCUAUGCCGCCCAAAAUUGGAUGAAACAUGCAAGAUACGCUGAAGGCCGACCAGAGACCCUAAAAGCCAUCAAAUAUUUUCUUCUAGAACAGAUAGACGCAUACACUUGCUGGCUGAAACUGUUUGAGCCAGACGAACCUUGGCGGGGUGUCCCACCAGAGCCACACCAAAGACGUGAAAGAACACAGCUGUAUUAUGCAGCCAAAGCUGGUCUUCCGCACGUCGUCAGACUAUUGCUAGAUAACGGAGCAGCUAUUGAUGAUGAGGGCGGAAUAUACGGGACUGCGCUGCAGGUCGCUUGUAUCAGAGGCCAUGAGGAUGUAGUGCAAGCUCUUUUGGAGAGAGGCGCGAAUGUGAACGCAAAAUGUGGUCUUCAUGGUGACGCAUUGACCGCUUCAUGCUUCAGGGGACAUGUUAGUAUUACGAAGAUGUUACUUGAAGCAGGAGCUUCUUUCGACCCCACUCACCCCUUGAGUCCACUCAGUGUUGCACGCAAUGAAAAGCACGACGCCGUGGUGCAGUUGCUGCUGAUCUCUGCACAUCAGAAAACUUCUGAAACUCAAGCCUCCCUUUCUCAUACCCAGUCCUUGAACUCUGCCAGGCCACUUGCAAAUGAGUAUAUGAGGUUUUGGUCUGAGCUGUUUCCUGCUGGGCCCGAGACGACCCAAAAGACAUAUCACACCUGGCAAGUGAAUUGGUCGGAUCCGAAAGGCAGCCCGACAUUUCGAGUCGAUGCAGACAGCCAAAUAUCGUGGCGAGUCCUACUUUCCAUUUCUGCGUCGGAGGGAGUGAUCGCUCUUUACCUACACCACACUUCUGUCAAAGACGGGGGUCAUUUUUGGCAUGGACUAGUUCAAUUUGCCUUCGUCGUGUGGAACCCCAAUGACCCCUCAAAAUAUGUGGCUCGCAAUUCGAUGCACUACUUCCGCCCGGGUCAAACAAACUGGGGGUUUAGAAAGUUUUCUCGUGCGACAAAUCUGGCAAAAGAGCUUGCCAAUAACAGUAAUCCUUCCACAGGCUGGUUGAAUGUCUUGCUACAGACCUACUAUCAUGUCCCUGCCCUUAGGAGGAUGGUUUACAAGAUUCCAACAGGCUAUCGUGCAACCACAGAUAUGGCGUGGGCUCUUCAACGCUGUUUUUACGCCUUACAAGUUUCUAAGAUUCCUGUAUCUACAGAUGAGCUCACUCAUGCUCUAGGCUGGAGGACAGGAGAGCCCCAAGAUGCUGAGCAGAAAGCCAGAGAAUUUCUUGAGCUUCUUGAAGAUCGCAUGGGUCCGACCGCGGCCGGUUGUGAUUUGAGAAGCUUAUUUGUGGGCCAGACAGAAACCUCUCUUGUAUCCCUGGACUCGGAUCUGGGAAGAUCUAGACCUGAAUCAUUCUGGGAUCUUCACCUGAAUAUUACUGACCACCGGAGCAUUCGUCAUUAUUGCUCAUUUUUUGAGAGUCUCCAAUCUUAUAAUUCCUCCCAGGGCGCUGAAGAAAACCUCUCUGGCUUUAAAGGGGAACUGGGAAGCUUUGGACUCACGAUUCAAUCUCUUCCGACGAUCCUUGAAAUUCACCCUAGGCGCUAUGACUAUGACAUAAAAUCGGCUCGAUUCAAAAAGGUCGACGCCUUUUGGGAGUUCCCCGAAGAAGUUGACUUGAGCCCUUUUCUUUCAUUUUCGGCCAACAGGUCAGAAUCAUGCGUCUAUCGACUAUUCAGCGUCAUUACACACGAAGGAACUCUCAGCGAUGGGGUAUACUAUGUGUAUGUGCGACCAACCGGAGAUGGGCCAUUCUUCAGGUUUCAUGAUGAGCAAGUGACUCCUGCAAUGUUGGAGGAGGUCUUGGAUAGUAACUUCGGGGGUGACUGUGGUGACAUGAACCAUUCAUGCAAGGUGGCGUUCAUGCUAUUCUAUUUCAGAGUCUCCAGGAUGCGUGAAGUCUUUGAAGAAAUCAGAGAAGCCGAUAUUCCUCUGUCUCUUCGGUUUACACGUCUUGCGGCUAGAGUUUGA